GCGGUUGGCCCCCCUGCUCCCGCACAUAACCUCUUUCUCCAGCUACCAACUUCGCAAAUUUCAAACGAAAAGUCAUUUCGUUCCAGUGAUGUGGUCAAUUUAUUGGUAAAAUUAUAAAAUUUGCACAACCAUCCCAAGAUGAGCGGCCAAGAAAGCGAAAACAACCCGUCGGUCAACGGCCAAGUGGCCAAACCGGACGAAAACCAGCCCGCAGAGAAUGCCCAAGAAGCGCAGCGCCAGCCCACCCGAAUGGAGUCCUUUUUCGCGCUAACCAAGUCCCUGAUCAUCCGCGCCUUGAUAAUCUACUUCAUCACGUCAUUCUUCCGAAGGCCUGCGCCGCCUCAGACUAACAACACGGGGGCCGCGACGCCCACGUUCACCGCGAAAAACAUCUUCCAGGAGGGGACCCCGUUGAGUUUGCACGUGUACGUCAGUGAAAAGGAGCAAAUGGAGGAUUUUAGUUCGGUGGAUUUGUUCUGGUAUAAAGAUAAUUUGGUUUAUGGCGACUGGACGUCCGGCGGGAGCAAAGAUGGUACCUAUUUCGUUGAAAAAAAUGUUACUAUCUCGGAUCAAAUGAGGAACAAUGGGUCUUUGUACUUGCACGCGUUUAUUACGAGACGUGGCGAAAGCCCCAAUCCACAAGCUAGUAAUUACGGGAAAAAUCAAAUGACGCGUGUUACAAAGCAGUUGAAUAAGUUUAAAAAACUGAAGAGCAGCGGCACUAAAAACCUCUUGACGGGAACCAGCGAGAAGGUGGAAGUCGAAGAUGGGAAAAUAGUGUCACAUUGGCACCCAAAUUUCACCAUAAACCUUGUUACAGAUCAGACUUCGUGGACAUACGGGGGGGUUCCAGCACCUCUGGACCAGUUUAUCAAGUUUACAGCUGAUGGCAAGUUUUAUAAGCCGGUACUUUAUGCUAACGAUUUUUGGAAUAUGGCGCGAGAUUAUAAACCUUUGAACGAAACGCUGCAUCUGCGAAUUUACUACCAACCUCUGACUUUGUUUAAGUGGCAGUUGUACGCUGCGCAAAACAUGAGACAAAUGUGGAAUGUGUGGGGCGACAAAGAGGGAGAGUCUGAUGAAGAACAAGACACUUUGAAAGAAACUUUGAUGGACACGAAUCCGUACCUACUAGGAUUGACCAUCAUGGUAUCAAUUUUACAUUCCGUUUUUGAGUUGCUCGCGUUUAAGAACGACAUCCAGUUCUGGAAUAACCGCAAUUCGUUGGAAGGUCUGUCCGUACGUUCGGUAUUUUUCGGGGUUUUCCAGUCUUUAGUCGUUUUGCUUUAUGUGCUUGAUAACGAAACUAAUACUCUCGUGCGGAUUAGCUGCUUCAUAGGUUUGGGAAUCGAACUAUGGAAGAUAUACAAAGUCGUCGAUAUUAAGUUCGAGAAUGGGCGUUUGACGUUCAAAGAUAAAGGGUCGUACGUGGACAGCAGUACCAAAGUAUAUGACAAUUUAGCAUUUAAGUAUUUAUCGUGGGUGUGUUUCCCACUGCUGGUCGGUUACAGUAUUUAUGCGUUGUUUUACCUAGAACAUAAAGGGUGGUACUCGUUCGUUUUAGAUUUGUUGUACGGGUACUUGUUGACUUUCGGUUUUAUCAUGAUGACGCCGCAGCUCUUUAUCAACUAUAAGCUUAAGUCGGUUGCGCACUUGCCUUGGCGCAUGUUGACUUACAAAUUUUUGAACACGUUUAUAGACGAUAUGUUCGCGUUUGUUAUCAAGAUGCCGACGAUGUAUAGAAUAGGGUGUUUCCGGGAUGACGUGGUAUUCCUCGUGUUUUUGUACCAGCGCUGGAUCUACCCCGUGGAUAAAACGAGGAAGAACGAGUUCGGCUACAGCGCGGAGGGGGAGGAAAACAAAGCCAUCGAAGGUCAACAAGAGAACACCGUAGAAAAUCAAGAAAGCAAGAAAACUAAAUAAAUUUAAUAUAUUUUGUAAAAUAAUUUAGUUGUUUAUACUUUGUUUUUUAUCAUUUCAAGUGAUGUCUUUCAGUAGUUGUUAGUCGCAGGUGUAAAGUAUUUUGCCUUGGACUGUAGAUGCUGUACGAAAUGUCCAAGCGGCGUUGUGCACUUUCGAUCUAUAGACUGAGAAAUAUUUCUUUUUAUGAGCCUGUAUGUUAUACAUGUUGUGGAUCUUUGAAAAAACGUGAAUAGAAUCUUCGAGUUACGA